CGUAGAGUUGGUGUAUAUACACAUGGGUUAUGAAGUAGAUCGACGAUACUUUCUAUUCUGGAAUGGGAUGCUGGUUUCUCGAUUCCUUACUCGACGGCAUUGUCAGUUUUGGUGGACACUUUGUAGAAGAAGCUUUUCAAAUAUUUCAGAAACGAAUAAUGGCGGAGGCUUCGUUGUGAAUUCUGGGACAGUAACGAAAGUGAGAUGGUUAAGGGGCGCCGAAAGCUUACAGUCCAUGCAAAAUGAAAAAGAUGAUUUGAACACGGUCCAGAAAGAGCAGAAACUGGAACUCACUAGUACAGAACGUUUUAGAAGAAUGAGAGAACGCAGUGUAGUUCCGUAUCUGUUGAAGAGAGUUCAACAACUUGUUUCUCAGCAAGAUUUGAAUGGAGCUUGGAGAGCCUUGUGUAUACUUGCUGCACCGGGAAACAAGGAUGUUGUUGAAAGCCUCGAUCUUCAGUGCAUUAAUGAUAUGUUUAGUAUUUUUGAAAGAAACAAUGAGUAUGAGAGCAUUUGUAUGUUUUUUGGGUUGUUGGAUAGGAUUGGUGUCACUAAGAGGUUUUCACGUGUCAUACUUCAUUGGAUGAUUCUCUCCCAUUUGAAAGCCGGACGACCUGGGAGUGCUAUCAAAUUAGUUGUUCAAAAGUUGGCUCCUCUUGAUGAGCAACAAUUAGAAGAGAUCUUAGCAGCUGCUGCAGAGGCAGGGCAAAAUGAAGUGUACCAAAGGUUUCUAGAAAAGCUAAAAAAUGAAAAUGUUUCUGCCUUGGACUCCUUUUCAAGAAUUUCUUGUAGUACGAAUGAGUUGGCAGAAAACGAAAAGUCGUCACCACGCGUUCGAAAGGUGACAGGAAUGAAGACUGCCAUACAAUAUUCGUUACGCCAGUCUUUGAAACAUUCUGAUAUGGAAGGAGCAUUGCAGAUAUGUGAAGAAUACAUACAUCGAGACAAGUCAAUAGCAGGAAAGUUGGCACUGAUUCUUGUUCAACAACUGGCAAAGAGUAAGGGGUAUCAUUGCGCCUAUGCAGCCUUGGAAAUCUUUCGUGAACAUUUUCCGGAACUAGAAAACAGAGAGCUUUUAGAAAACCUGACGAUUGGUUUAGCUCAAAGAGGACAAAUCUGCUCCUUUGGUCAUUAUUUAUCAUUGCAGGUUGUAUUCUCCGAGAAAAAUUCCAAGGCUAUUCCUGGUCAUUUACUUUUUAAAACUUCGACCAAUCCGUUUUCUAUUGCUUUCUUGUGUGAAACGCUGCAUUUUAGUAGAGAAGGAAAUUUACGAAGAGCUUUCGAACUGAGUUUAGAACGAGACAAAUUCAGCGCAGCGUUGGAACUGUUUCGAGAAAUAGUACGCUUUGGUUAUGACCGACCUAGUUGUUUUCUAUCUCUAUUCCGUGGGGCGGUGAGAGUUGCGAAACCAUCUGCUGUAUCCAGCUCUACAAUACAUAUUUCAAUUUUGGAAGAACGCUUGUUGGCUUUAGGUUUCCUUAAGCAUCCGGAACCAUUUGUUGAUCUGAUGGUAGAAAGAAACAUUUUAGAUAAGCACGACGCGAAGAUACUGAUACUGGAUGCAUUAAACAGUGGUGAAGUUGAUUUUGCUUCAUUUGUGUUGCGUGAGCGUUUGCUCGCAAAGUCUAGUUAUUCCAUGGAAGAUUAUUAUCUUGUUCAGAAAAUAGCAAGUGUUUGUAAGGACAAAAAUCUUGAAGAUGCAAGAAAGAAGUGGAUAGAAGUGUCAAAAGAGAUCUUUACACCAGUCACUGUAUAAAAGUAUUUUUAGGAAAAUACGGAAACUAUUUCGCUUAAAGACUAUGUACUGUAUAGUAUAGAGAAGCACUGAAAUUUUCUUCACAAGCCCGAUGACUCA